AAUCCUCCCCAAAGUUCACAUUUUCCGUUGACGAGCUUUGAGCCUUUUAACGGCUGCAAUCACGGAUCGCGGUCUCCUUCAAGCUCCGUCUCCUCCCAAUUAAUACUUGCAUCAGUCAAGUUUCCGAUCACAUUCUCCACCUUCAGAUCUCUUCUGAUUUCUUUGUCAGAUCGCAGGGUAGAAAAUGGCAGGGACACAUCUCCAUGGAACUCUUCAUGCCACGAUCUACGAGGUUGAUCAGAUUCAUGGCUAUGGCGGUGGGCGUAAUCUAUUCGGGAAGUUGAUGUCCAACAUAGAGGAGACAGUUGGAUUCGGGAAAGGAACCCCAAAAAUGUACGCAACAAUCGAUCUAGACAAAUGCAGAGUAGGUCGAACAAGAUUACUAGAAAACGAACCAGAACACCCAAAAUGGAAUGAAUCUUUCCACAUUUACUGUGCCCAUUUAGCUUCUGACGUAAUCUUCACUGUCAAAGACGAUAACCCCAUUGGCGCAACCCUAAUCGGAAGAGCUUACAUUCCUAUCGAAGAGCUUCUAGAUGGAGAAGAAGUAGAUCGAUGGGUUGAAAUCUUGGAUAAUGAAAAAAACCCGAUUGAAUCCGGUUCAAAAAUCCAUGUCAAACUACACUACUUCGAUGUCACCCAAGAUCGUAACUGGGAUCACGGAAUCAAAAGCUCCAAGUAUCCCGGAGUCCCGUAUACUUUUUUUUUCUCAAAGACAAGGUUGUCGGGUUUCAUUGUAUCAAGACGCCCAUGUCCCUGAUAAUUUCAUCCCCAAAAUACCCCUUUCCAAUGGCAAGUAUUACGAACCACAGAGAUGUUGGGAAGAUGUGUUUGAUGCAAUCACAAAUGCGAAACACUUCAUUUAUAUCACUGGCUGGUCUGUUUACACUGAGAUUUCUUUGAUAAGAGAUUCAAGAAGACAAAAGGAAGGAGGUGACGUCAUACUCGGUGAGCUUUUGAAGAAGAAAGCAAGCGAAGGUGUUAAGGUGCUUAUGCUUGUUUGGGACGAUAGAACUUCUGUCGAUGUGUUGAAGAAAGAUGGAUUAAUGGCGACUCAUGAUGAAGACACUGAAAACUUUUUCAAUGGUUGUGAAGUGAAUUGCGUUUUAUGUCCACGUAAUCCAGAUGAUGGUGGAAGUUUCAUUCAGGACCUUCAAAUUUCAACAAUGUUCACUCACCACCAGAAAAUUAUAGUCGUUGAUGCUGAAAUGCCGAAUGGGGAUACGGAAAGGCGGCGCGUGGUGAGUUUUGUCGGUGGACUUGACCUUUGUGACGGACGUUACGAUACGCCGUUUCAUUCUCUUUUCCGAACGUUGGACACCGCUCACAGCGGCGAUUUCCACCAACCUAACUACGUCGACGGGAGCAUCACGAAAGGUGGGCCACGUGAGCCAUGGCACGACAUCCAUUCGCGACUUGAAGGUCAAAUCGCGUGGGAUGUUUUGUUCAACUUCGAACAACGUUGGAAAAAACAAGGUGGGAAGAACAUUCUGGUUAACUUUAGAGAGCUUGAUGACAUCAUCAUCCCACCGUCUCCCGUCAUGCUCCCUGACGACGAAGAAACAUGGAACGUCCAGUUAUUCCGGUCGAUCGACGGUGGUGCGGCGUUUGGGUUCCCGGAGACGCCAGAAGAGGCGGCGAAAUCGGGACUUGUGAGCGGGAAAGAUAACAUAAUCGAUCGGAGUAUUCAAGAUGCUUACAUCCACGCGAUUCGUCGAGCGAAGAACUUUAUUUACAUCGAGAAUCAGUAUUUUCUUGGAAGCUCUUUCGGAUGGCAGUGCGAUGAUAUUAAGGUUGAAGAUGUGGGAGCGUUACAUUUAAUCCCAAAAGAACUUUCGUUAAAGAUUGCGAGCAAGAUCAACGCCGGAGAGAAGUUUACCGUUUAUGUUGUGGUUCCGAUGUGGCCGGAAGGGAUCCCGGAGAGUGCUUCCGUUCAAGCGAUACUUGAUUGGCAAAGGAGGACGAUGGAGAUGAUGUAUAAAGAUAUUAUUCAAGCUUUACAAAACAAAGGGCUUGAAGAUGACCCUAGAGAUUACCUCACUUUCUUUUGCCUUGGGAAUCGUGAAAUGAAAAAGGAUGGUGAGUAUGAGCCUUCGGAGGCUCCGGAGCCGGAAUCAAAUUACCAUAAAGCCCAACAAGCCCGACGCUUCAUGAUCUACGUCCAUGCCAAAAUGAUGAUAGUUGAUGACGAAUAUAUAAUAGUGGGAUCUGCAAACAUUAAUCAACGAUCGAUGGAUGGGGCACGGGAUUCUGAAAUAGCAAUGGGAGCUUACCAACCUCAUCAUCUUGCUACCCGAAAACCCGCAAGGGGUCAAGUUCAUGGUUUUCGUAUGGCGUUAUGGUAUGAACAUCUUGGUAUGCUUGAUGACAGCUUCCAGCAUCCAGAGAACAUUGAGUGUGUGAAAAAAGUAAACCAAAUUGCAGAUAAAUACUGGGAUCUAUAUGCCGAUGAGACUCUUGAAACUGAUCUCCCUGGUCACUUGCUUCGUUAUCCGGUCGGUGUUACUAGUGAAGGAGACGUGACCGAACUGCCCGGAGCGGAGUUUUUCCCGGAUACGAAUGCGCGUGUUCUUGGAGUGAAAUCGGAUUAUCUUCCUUCGAUUCUAACUACUUAAACAAGGUAUAUUGCAGUUGAUCUUACGUGUUUGUGUUUGAAUAAAAUUCUAAUCUUGUUUGCUUACCUCACUCAACAAUAACCUUAUAUUAUCUUUCAUGUUUUUUUUUUUCUCGUUCUGCCAGCUAUAUACUAGGUGUGCUCUCAUAUGUAAUAUUUAUGCACUAUUGGUGCACAAUGCAAC